AUGGAGAUAGAUGAUGAAGUAUUGCCAAAUUCCGAAAUGAUGACGACUAUAAACGGCAAAAAUUGUGGCGGAAGGACUGAGAAAAAGACAAGGAAUCUAGAAAAAAACAAUCAGGAACAACGAGAAAAAAGACUACAGCAAGUAAAAACAGCAAUGAAACGUUAUAGAAAAAAUAAGAAAAUUAACAAUGUGAUAAAACAUUUCCCAAAUAUGAGUGUGGUUGAUGAAAGGAGUGACAACCCAAAUACCCAACAAAAAAACGCAAAAAAAUCAAUCAACGAAUAUAAAUCUGAAGUAAAUGAAAACAAUCAUAGAAAUAAGAGAAAAUUAGACGAAUACUUGCUUGAAAAUCAUGGAAUGCCAAAUUCAGGAAAGAUGCUAAACGAAAUCAAAAUCAAUCGAGUAAAUUCAUUAGACCAAGAACAAAAUUACGUAAAAAACAAACGAAGACGAAAAACGUGCGAAGACGACAAAUUAAAAUUAUUAAAUACAUCAAACAUAAUAGGAAGGAUAGCAAAUAUUCAAUUUGAUGAAAGUCUUAUUGAUGAGAACAACAUAGGAAAUAUGACAUACAAAUGUAGCAACUGCGAUGCAUUACAUUUUCAAAAUGAAAAAGACACAAAUGGUAAAUUUACCAGCUGCUGUGACAAAGGUAAAAUAAAAAUGCAAGAUAACCCCCCUUAUCCAAAAUUAUUAAAAGACCUCGCUACUGGUAAUACACAAGAUAGCGGAGAAUUCAGAAAAAACAUACGAUUAUAUAAUAAUGCAUUAGCAUUCGCAAGUUUUGGAGCGAACUUUGACAGAUUGCCAGGUAGAGGACCACGGGUCAUACGAAUUUGCGGCCAAGUAUAUCAUAAUGUAUAUGCAUUACAUCCGAAUGAAGAUGAAGCUAGAAAAUAUGGUCAAUUAUACAUUUUAGACAAUGAAAUGGCAACGAAUGAACGAACGCAGACUGCAAAGAAAGAUGAAAUAAAUCAUGAAAUGUUAAAAACGUUAGAUGAAAUUAUACGAAAAAACAAUCCAUAUGCUAAAGCAUAUAAAAUGAUGCAUGAAGUGGAACAGGAAGAAAUACAGAGAUGCAAAGAACAAGGUGUAACACCACGACAAGUUACGAUGGCCAUAACGCGACAAGUACAUUUAGACAAAAAUACAUAUAACCCAUCAACAUGCAAUGAAGUGGCAAUGGUAUUCGUCGGAGAAAACGGAUUACCUCCAGCAGAACGUGACAUUGUAGUACAUGCACGGCAUGAUCGUCCCAUGAGUCUACCAAAUAUCAGCAAACACACAGAUCCUAUGACGUAUCCAUUAAUUUAUCCACAUGGCGGAUACGGUUGGAUGCCAAAAAUGAAAAAGAAAAUUGGAACAAAUAAAAUUUCACAUUUACAAUUCUACAACUACCGUAUAAGUUGCAGAAAUGGUUUUAAUCCAUAUUUAAAUCUUGGGAAAGUUUCACAGCAGGCCGCAGUUGACGCAUUCGCCAAAGUAGAAAGUUCAAGAUUAUAUUUUUUUAAAAAACAACAAGACACCUUAAGAACAGAUUGUUAUAGAGGAUUAAUGGAUUAUUUAGAGACAAAGGAAAAAGAUGAAAAUGUUAAAAUAGGAAAAAUGUUUAUAUUGCCAUCUAGUUUUACUGGCGGGCCGAGAUAUUUAAAACAAAAUUUUUUGGACUCUAUGGUCUUAGUCAGUCACUAUGGGAAACCAGAUUUAUUUAUUACGAUGACAUGUAACCGAAAAUGGAAAGAAAUAACAGAUCACUUGGAACCAUAUGAAACAGCAUUGGAUAGACCAGAUUUAGUGGCGAGAGUAUUUCAUGCCAAAGUUGAAGAAUUUAGGGAUUUAGUAAUAAAGAAAAAUUGUCUUGGAAAACAUAUUGCUCAUACAUCAGUGAUUGAAUUUCAAAAACGAGGACUACCACACAUGCAUAUGUUACUGUUCUUAGAUGGAGAGCAUAAAUUAGACACCCCAGAAAAGAUAGACGAAUUAAUAAGUGCAGAAAUUCCAAAUAAAGAUUGGUACCCCCAAUUCAUAUGA